GAACUUUCUUUUAAAUUAUUUCCGAUAUAUAUUAAUUCAUGUAUUAUGCAUUGUAUCUUUUACAUUUAACUGGAUGUGUUAUAACAUUAGGAUUUCAACACUGAGUCAUGCAAAAUUAUCUGCUACUUUGAUGAAAUUAUAUGUAUGUAUAAAUAAAAAUAUUAAGUAUGUGAAUACUACAGCAAACAAAAGUACUUUUAAUAUUUACACAUUUUAACUUGGAAACUUAAUUCUGAAUAAGUAUUUAUUAAUUAAUGCAAUUCGGUUGCUGUAGUAUUGCUAACUACAAUAACUGAGGCCCAAACAAAAUGAUUCGAACUCUUAGAAAAACUCGUAUAAAGGAUUCAGUUUCAAUGGAAAUUUAUUAUUUUUAUUUGAAGUAUAAUAUAAAUCCUCUUUUUUAUACUACCUCAGUUGUUAGUAGUUAAUAGUUUUAAUAUUUUUUCAUGCUCAGAUAGUGGAAGCAUUGUGAAAUAGAUAAGAACUGGGUUGAAUGAAGAGAGUGAAUGUGAUUCUUUCAAAUACAUACUAAUGUAUACAUUUUUUUCCAAUCUUAGUGACGGUCUGCACGUUUGGAAUCAUCUGCUUACCGAGGAUACUAUGUCGAAGGUUAAGCGAGAUUGAAUUGUCACAGCAUUACAGUCACAUCCUAUAAAUGAUACAAUGAGAUAUUUUCAUAUUGAAUUAUUAUUUCACACAUUUUCCCGGGUGUUAAAAGAAAUUGUCUGUUUAAUCUUUUAAUUAUACUAACACGUCUAUGUCACCAAAUUCCCAUUGUAUCAUACAUUUUUCGUGAGAACGUAAAUAUUGAAAACUAGAAUGAGUGGUUGGUGUGCAAAUAUUAUUAAUAACGAGAAUGAGUUGAUUUUUAGAUGGCUAAAGUAUUUUUCGAUGUGGAAGACUUGAGCAGGACAGUGCUCCCUAUGGCACCAAAUUUUCACGUGGUAAGACUCCAGACAUCGGUUCUAGGACGUAUACUGAGAUUAUGCGAGAACAGUUAUUAAAAGGAGAAGAAACUGAGUUACGAAAAAAACUAGCGGAAAAAGCCAAAGAAGGAACUUUAAAAGCAAAUGGUGAACCUAAGCCAGCACCUAAGAAAAGGGGUCGUUGGGAUCAAACAGAUGAUGCUCCAACACCUAAGAAACCAACUGGUACCACUAUAGCACCAACAUCUUGGGACAAUGCAGAUGUAACACCAGCUGCCAUCAGAUGGGACGAAACACCCGGACAUGGUAAAGGUGGAGAAACUCCUGGUGCAACGCCAGGUGUAAGUACAAGAAUGUGGGAUGCUACUCCAGGGCAUGCAACACCUGGUGCAGCUACUCCUGGUAGAGAAACUCCUUCUCAUGAGAAAACCGUUUCAAGUCGUAGAAAUCGGUGGGAUGAGACACCGAAAACUGAACGUGAAACACCUGGUCACAGUAGUGGCUGGGCAGAGACUCCAAGGACAGAUCGUGUUGCGGGGGACUUGAUUCAAGAAACACCAACACCCUCUGCUAGUAAGCGUCGAAGUCGAUGGGACGAAACACCUUCGAAUCAGACACCUGGUUCUAUGACCCCACAGACGCCAGCAACUCCUCUUACAACACCGCAUCAAACUUCUAUUUUAACACCUAGCGGAGUAACACCGACCGGACCUAAAGCUAUGGGAUUGGCUACCCCAACACCAGGGCAUUUGAUGUCGAUGACGCCUGAACAGCUUCAAGCAUAUCGUUGGGAAAGAGAAAUAGACGAGAGGAAUAGACCACUUUCAGAUGACGAAUUAGAUGCUCUGUUCCCUCCUGGAUACAAAGUUCUACAACCUCCUGCCGGUUAUAUUCCAAUUCGUACACCCGCAAGAAAACUCACCGCUACGCCAACGCCGAUUGCGGGAACCCCGCAAGGAUUUUUCAUCCAAACCGAGGACAAAACUGCAAAAUUCGUAGAUAACCAACCAAAAGGAAACUUACCUUUUAUGAAACCAGAAGACGCACAAUAUUUUGAUAAAUUAUUGGUCGAUGUUGAUGAAGAGACACUCAGUCCUGAAGAACAAAAAGAGAGGAAGAUUAUGAAAUUGUUAUUAAAAAUUAAAAAUGGUACACCGCCGAUGAGGAAGGCUGCUUUAAGACAAAUCACGGACAAGGCAAGAGAAUUUGGUGCAGGUCCUUUGUUCAAUCAGAUACUUCCCCUACUUAUGUCACCCACGUUGGAGGAUCAAGAACGUCAUCUUCUAGUGAAAGUUAUCGAUCGUAUUCUUUAUAAAUUAGAUGAUUUGGUGAGACCUUAUGUACAUAAAAUUCUAGUCGUCAUUGAACCUCUACUCAUUGACGAAGAUUAUUAUGCUCGUGUAGAGGGUAGAGAAAUCAUUUCUAAUUUAGCAAAAGCGGCAGGUUUGGCGACAAUGAUCUCCACGAUGAGACCAGAUAUCGAUAACAUCGAUGAAUACGUGCGAAAUACAACAGCAAGAGCGUUUGCUGUAGUUGCUUCAGCUUUAGGAAUUCCUUCUCUACUUCCGUUUUUGAAAGCCGUUUGUCGUAGUAAAAAGUCGUGGCAGGCUCGUCACACGGGUAUCAAAAUUGUACAACAAAUUGCCAUUCUUAUGGGGUGUGCUAUAUUACCACACUUGAAGAGUUUAGUUGAAAUUAUUGAACAUGGUCUGGUUGACGAGCAACAGAAAGUACGUACCAUUACCGCUUUAGCAAUCGCUGCUUUGGCUGAAGCAGCAACACCUUACGGUAUUGAAAGUUUUGACUCUGUUUUGAAACCACUUUGGAAAGGUAUCCGUACGCACAGAGGAAAAGGUCUUGCUGCAUUCUUGAAAGCUAUUGGUUAUUUAAUUCCACUUAUGGACGCUGAAUAUGCCAAUUACUAUACCCGUGAAGUGAUGCUGAUUCUCAUACGUGAAUUCCAGUCUCCUGAUGAAGAAAUGAAAAAGAUCGUGUUAAAGGUGGUGAAACAAUGUUGUGGAACAGAUGGUGUAGAGGCACAAUAUAUUAAAGACGAAAUUCUUCCACAUUUCUUUAAGCACUUCUGGAAUCAUCGAAUGGCUUUAGAUCGUAGAAAUUACAGACAACUCGUCGAUACAACCGUAGAAAUAGCAAACAAAGUUGGUGCAUCAGAAAUUAUAAAUCGCGUAGUAGAUGAUUUGAAGGAUGAAAAUGAACAGUACAGGAAAAUGGUUAUGGAAACUAUUGAGAAAAUAAUGGGUAACUUAGGAGCCGCUGAUGUUGACUCUCGUUUAGAAGAACAGCUUAUAGACGGUAUUUUAUACGCUUUCCAGGAACAGACAACAGAAGAUGUUGUAAUGUUGAAUGGUUUUGGUACAAUUGUGAAUACAUUAGGAAAACGAGUAAAGGCGUAUCUUCCACAAAUCUGUGGUACAAUAUUGUGGAGAUUAAAUAAUAAAUCUGCGAAAGUGAGGCAACAAGCUGCUGAUUUGAUAUCACGAAUUGCUGUUGUUAUGAAAACAUGUCAAGAGGAAAAACUAAUGGGCCAUCUAGGUGUGGUUCUUUAUGAAUAUUUAGGUGAAGAAUAUCCUGAAGUAUUAGGUAGCAUCUUAGGCGCAUUGAAAGCCAUCGUUAACGUCAUAGGAAUGACAAAAAUGACCCCACCAAUUAAAGACUUGCUACCGCGACUUACUCCUAUAUUGAAAAACAGACAUGAAAAAGUACAAGAAAAUUGCAUCGAUCUCGUAGGUAGAAUCGCAGAUAGAGGACCUGAAUAUGUGUCUGCCAGGGAAUGGAUGAGAAUAUGUUUUGAACUUUUGGAAUUGUUAAAAGCUCACAAAAAGGCAAUUAGAAGAGCUACAGUAAACACAUUCGGUUACAUUGCAAAAGCGAUAGGACCUCACGAUGUGUUAGCAACACUCCUGAAUAACUUGAAAGUACAAGAACGACAAAAUCGUGUAUGUACCACGGUAGCUAUUGCUAUCGUAGCUGAAACCUGUAGUCCAUUUACGGUACUCCCUGCGUUAAUGAAUGAAUACAGAGUACCGGAAUUAAACGUACAAAAUGGUGUAUUAAAAUCUCUAUCAUUUUUAUUUGAAUAUAUUGGUGAAAUGGGAAAAGAUUACAUUUAUGCUGUGAGUCCAUUAUUAGAAGAUGCACUCAUGGAUAGGGAUUUAGUUCAUAGACAAACUGCAUGCGCUGCCAUUAAACAUAUGGCAUUAGGUGUUUAUGGGUUCGGAUGUGAAGAUGCGUUAAUACAUUUAUUGAAUCAUGUAUGGCCAAAUGUUUUUGAAACUUCACCGCAUUUGGUACAAGCGUUUAUGGAUGCCGUGGAUGGUUUACGCGUCGCUCUUGGACCAAUCAAAAUAUUGCAAUAUACUUUACAGGGAUUAUUCCAUCCGGCACGAAAAGUACGAGAUGUAUAUUGGAAAAUUUAUAAUUCUCUUUACAUAGGUGGACAGGAUGCUCUUGUAGCUGGCUAUCCUCGAAUUAUGAAUGAUCCAAAGAAUCAAUAUAUUAGAUAUGAAUUGGACUAUGUUUUAUAAUAGAACCAGAUAUAUGCAAAAUCCGUGUAUCAUACGUUUAUAUGAUCUUCGUAAAAGUAAGUGUCGUUGGCUUAUUGUUUAUAAAUAGUCAUACUAAAUAGCUGUCUGUUAUGUGACAUA